AUGUCCGUCAGGGUUGCCGUGGUGACAGGCAGCAACGACGGAAUUGGUCUGGCCAUCGUCCGAGCGCUGUGUUCUCAGUUCGAGGGAGAUGUUUACCUGACGGCCAGAAACGUAGGUCGUGGUCAGAAAGCCGUGGAGUCUCUGAUCUCGGAGGGUCUGAAGCCAAAGUUCCUCCAGCUGGACAUCAAUGACCUGAACAGCAUCACCGCCGCUGCUGCUUUCUUCAAGGAGAGCUACGGAGGAGUGGACGUCCUCGUCAAUAACGCUGCCAUAGCGUUCAAAGUGAACGACACGGUUCCCUUCGACGUGCAGGCCGAGGUCACCCUCAGGACCAACUUCUUUUCCACCAGAGACAUGUUGACUCACUUCAUGCCGCUCAUCAGAGCUGGAGGCCGUGUGGUGAACGUCUCCAGCUUCGCCGCCUUGUACACCCUGAGGCAGUGCAGCCCGGCUCUGCAGCAGCGUUUCCGCAGCACGGACAUUACCGAGGACGAGCUGGUGGGGCUGAUGCAGCAGUUUGUGGAUGAAACCAAGACCAACAAGCACCAGCAGGCCGGCUGGCCCCAGACGGCAUACGGAGUGUCUAAAAUCGGACUGACGACUCUGUCCAUGAUCCUGGCUCGUCGUCUGUCCAAGGAGCGGCCGAAUGACGGGAUCUUGUUGAACUCCUGCUGUCCGGGGUGGGUGCGUACAAACAUGGCCGGUCCAAAAGCCCCCAAGUCACCUGAGGAGGGCGCUGACACGCCGGUCUAUCUCGCACUGCUGCCGCCCGGAGCCACAGAGCCUCAUGGGAAAUUCAUCUCUGCAAGAAAAGUUCGCGAGUGGUGA